AUGCAAAUCUUGAGUACUCGAGGCAUCAAGGUCUCUUUGACAAGCAAGCGCCAAUCCAAGCAAUUUUUGCAGCUGUUGAAAAAAGACAACAGAAACUUCAACUCGACCAUUCACCAGAUUACAGUACGCAGCAAAGUCUACUAUAUGGAUUUCAUCGCCAUCCUUUGUCACUGCUCAAACCUUAAUGCGUUGGAUUUAGGUGGACAGAGCUUAUUUUACAUCAAGUUCUACCAGUUACUUUUACAAGCUGAAAACAUAAGACGAGCCAACGAUUUACCCUACAUUGAAGAGUUCAAGUUUGACGACUCUGAUGAGGUGUAUUCGUUGGAAUCCAUGUCGACCAGCAGUGUGAUCUGUGCCGACAUUGCGGCAUUUCGAAGCUCAAUCAAGCAUUUGCAUGUGGUGUUGGACUUUAUCAAUACUCCUGGAUUUUAUCGCAACAACUCUACGCUCAAAGAUCCCGAUGUCUUCAUCGAGGAUAUACUGAACAGCCAGCAGCAAAAACUCGAGUCCGUUUCAUUGGCGGGCAUUGGUAUAAAUUUAACAAGCAAGCGUGUCUAUCGUAUCAACCCAGUCGAGAGCCUUCAAAAGCUGGAAAUCUACUUGCCCUGUAUGGACGUCCAGGUACUGCGAUUCAUUGAAAAGGCGUCGCCGAACCUUGAAGAUCUCAGCUUAUUGAGCAACAAGAGCAACCACUUUGAAUGGAUGACUAUCAAUGGCGAUAAUUCUAUCCAAACAUACACCAACCUUUGGAAAUUCAGAGAUUACUGUAAUUUGGUGGCAACCGUUCUUGUCAGUCUCUCUGAUGAAUUCUUUACUGUGUUUGCUCAUAUUCAUCAAGAGCUGUUUGAAGAGAUUGAUUACAUUUGGGAUGUGUUUGAUCAAGACGAUGAUGAGGACAGUUUCGACUUUAACGACGAUAGUUCUAGCUACGAUGACGACGGUAAUGAUGAUGAUGAUGAUGAUGAUGAUGAAGAGUAUGGCUUGAUUGACCUUGUUGGCUAG